UGCUUGUGUUUGCGUGUCACGCUCGGAUUGACGUGCGUUGCCCGGUUUACGACGAUGGCGUCCCGACACGCAGACUCCAAGAGGAUCCGAGGACACGAGGAGACCAUCUGGACGCAAAGCUGGUUGAAUACAGACUCUUCGGUGGUCAACCUGCGCGAUGGAUUCCCGGACACGCCGGUGCCGGCGGAGAUCACGGAGGCCCUGGUGAAGACCGUGUCCGAGAGCAUGAUGAACCAGUACACCAGAGGAUUCGGACACCCAAAGUUGGUGGAGGCCGUCUCUCGGGUUUACGGCAAAUUUUACGGGCGUCCCAUCGACCCACUCAAGGAAGUCCUGGUGACGGUGGGCGCCUACGGCUCCUUGUUCAGCACCAUGCAGGCUCUGGUGGAGGACGGCGACGAGGUCAUCAUCGUAGAACCCUUCUUCGACUGCUACGUGCCCAUGGUGCGCAUGGCGGGGGGCAAACCUGUGCUGAUCCCGCUACGACCCAAACCCACCCAGAAGGUCGCCUCCAGCGCCGACUGGUUCCUGGACCCUGAGGAGCUUGCCAGUAGAUUCAAUUCCAAGACCAAGGCCAUCCUCAUCAACACCCCCCACAACCCCAUCGGGAAGGUUUUCACCAGGGAGGAGCUGCAGAUGAUCGCCGACUUGUGCGUCAAACACGACACGUUGUGCUUCAGCGACGAGGUCUACGAGGUUUUCGUCUAUGACGGACGCCGGCACCUUAAAAUCGCGACUUUGCCCGGAAUGUGGGAGCGAACCGUCACCGUCAGCAGCGCCGGGAAGACCUUCAGCAUCACCGGAUGGAGGCUCGGGUGGUCCAUCGGGCCAGAGCACCUGAUCAAGCAUCUUCAGACUGUCACCAGUAACAUGGUGCACGCCUGCCCCACCCCGUUGCAGGAGGCCCUGGCGCAAGCGUUACUGCGGUAUUCCGGGCUGAUGGGUCUGCCCGGGUGCUUCUUCGAGGCGCUGGCCCGGGAGCUGGAGGGGAAGAGGGACCGGCUGGCGGCCAUGCUACGCGAGGCCGGGUUCUCGCCUAUCAUCCCCGAGGGAAGUUUCUUCAUGAUAGCGGACGUGUCGGCGCACGAUAAGGACCUGCCGCACCACGACCACGACGAGGACGAAGCCUACGACUUCAAGUUUGCCAAGUGGAUGAGCCGGGAAAAGAAACUGGGGGGCCUUCCUGUGACUGCGUUUGUCGGAGAGGAAUCCAACAAGGCCUUUGAGAAGUAUAUUCGAUUUUGCUUCUUCAGGCGUGAUGAGACACUGGAUGCGGCUGAACGCAUCCUGAAGAAGUGGAAGUCGGCGGGAAGCAGUGAUUGA